AUCAUGUCGAUUCGCUCCUGCUGUCCUUUGUGUCCCCCAGAUGCGACAAGGCGCCUUCCUGGUGAACACAGCCCGGGGCGGGCUGGUCGACGAGAAGGCGCUGGCCCAGGCCCUGAAGGAGGGGCGGAUCCGGGGCGCAGCCCUGGACGUGCACGAGUCGGAGCCGUUCAGCUUUAGCCAGGGCCCCCUGAAGGAUGCGCCUAACCUAAUCUGCACCCCCCACGCGGCCUGGUACAGCGAACAGGCCUCCAUCGAGAUGCGGGAGGAGGCGGCCCGGGAGAUCCGGAGAGCCAUCACAGGCCGGAUCCCCGACAGCCUGAAGAACUGUGUCAAUAAGGAUCACCUGACAGCGGCCACCCACUGGGCCAGCAUGGACCCGGCUGUGGUGCACCCCGAGCUCAACGGGGCCGCCUACAGGUGAGCGGGGGGCGGGGACACAACGCUUCCGUGAUGAC